AAUGGAGGUAAACCCAUGUAUGUUGUGGUGGCCCCGAAGGUGUUGCGAUCAAACACUGAUUACCACAUCAGUGUCUCGCUGUAUGACAUCCCGGCGCCCAUUGAAGUUAAUGCCAGUGUUAUCGGUCCGGCACACAGUGUCAGCACCGGUGCCGUAGCUGUGGGUACGGCUGAGUCCAAAGUGCUAACCCUAGCGAUUGGCGAUUGGACAGAAGGCAGGUAUAGGGUGCAAGUAGAGGGAAAGGGCGCUAAUUUCAUCAAUGACGAUGAACCUUGGCACAUUACAAGGGAUGGAUUUUUAGAUAAAAUGUUUCCUUAUUAUGAGGCAAAAUGUUUGUCGGUAUUCAUACAGACAGACAAAGCCACGUAUAAACCCGGACAGAAAGUACAGUUUAGGGCUGUUGUGGUCAACCCAUCGCUGAUUCCUAAAGACAAUGUUCCCAUUGAUAUAUAUAUUGAGGACGGUAACGGAAAGCGUGUCAUUGAAUGGACAAAAUUGUAUGCGAAAAACGGUGUCAUCGCUGAAGAGCUGCAACUGUCGGCACAGCCAGUGUUGGGCCACUGGACUAUAGGUGUGACGGCGUGCAGACACAACACCACUAAGACAUUCACUGUCGUCGACGAUAUGUUUCCCACGUUUGACGUGGAGGUAGUGUUGCCAACAUAUGUGACCCGAAAUCGGUCAGAAGUGGUCGCACUUAUUAAGGCAUUUGAUACCAAUGGGAAGGCUAUUAAGGGAGAGCUUACUCUUAUUGCUCGGACCAUCAAUUUUUAUAGACCGAGUAAAUUCCUUACAAAGACUGCGAUCGAUGGAAGCGCUAAUUUGACCAUCAGUUUAGCAGACGAUUUACUAUAUAAAGUACAUGUAAACAAUAUGCCCCGAGAGUUUGCAGUGACGGCAGUAGUGAGGGAUGCGUUGACCGGAAAGCAGUGCAACCGAACCAAUACAGUGAAGGCAUACGAAAGGGAUUUGAAGUUUGAAGUGAUAGCGCCGUUGAACGCAUACAAACCGGGGCUCAAAAACACGUUUGUCGUCAAAGUUUGCACACAAGACGGCAAACCUGUGGCCGAUAGCGGACCGCAACUCAAACUCAAAUACGGCUAUUCAUGGAAUGACAAUAAAUGGACAGACAGUCCAUUACUGUUGUGGCCAACCAAUGGAUUCAUUAAGUUUGAUAUUAUUCCGCCCAGAGAUAUGGGAAUAAACGAAUUGGUAGUUAAAACCGAAUAUAUGGGACACACGUAUGCUUUAGAUAUUAAGAGAGCUACGACCCGGUCCGGGCACUACAUGCAAGUGAUCCGUUUGGACACAACCGACAUCACUGUCGGACAGGACGUGAAAUUUGUGGUGAAUGCGACCGAACCUAUCGUACGAUUGGUGUGCGAAGUGCUGGGAAAGGGAGACAUAGCGUGGGCUAAAAGUUUUGACAUUCCCGCCAAUACUACGGCCGGCUAUGAGUUUAGUGUCGCGACUGUGCCUCAAAUGGCGCCGUCGGCACGGGUUCUGUGCCAUUACGUGCGGCCCUCCGACCAGGAGGUGGUGGCCGACGAUAUCGACUUCGAUGUGUUGCCAGUGAUUGGCACGCCUUUCACAGUGAACGCCGACACCCGUCACACCAGUCCGGGAGAGUUUGGCUGCGUUGGGCUCAACACUAGUGACAACCCGUUUGUCGACAUCAGUCGUGAGGAUGUGCUGAACGAACUGAAGACAUACGUCAGGACUACACGCAAUUCACCCUCUUAUGGGAUGAGAGGGCGUUGGCACUCAACUCGAAUCACGUUUGUCGAUGCGGGCGUUGAAGUGAUGCACAACGGGUUCAUUGAACAUGGUUAA